UCUUACAAAGUAUUCUGAAACAAGUGUACAUUCAACAACAGGAAAAAUGAUUACGAGAUAUAACAUUCUCCACAAACUUAGUACAUUUAUAAUGUUAUCUCUCUCUCUCUCUCUCUCUCUCUCUCCCCCUCUCUCUCACUCUAUAUAUAAGGGCACCUUUCACAACAACAAUCUAAACCCCAUCAACCGAAAUUCACACAUUUAUUUAUUUAUUUAUUUAUCAUUGUUCACUAAUCACAUCCACUUUGCUUCACAAAAUCGUGUAGAAGACUGGAUAAUUCUCAUCGUUUGUCAAGGGUCUAGCAACUGGGUCACAAUCUCAUCCAUCCUCUGAACAUACACUCAAACGUCGAAACCAACCAACCAAACAAUGGCGAAGCAAAACAUGGGUGUGACUGACUACUCGGGAUGCACAGAGAAGCACAAGCCGAGCUAUGGAAGAGUAACAGCCCCAGCCAUCAGUCACGGUGGUGGCGGUGGUGAAGUCGGUGGUGUCGGUGGUGAAUCGAAGUGACUGACUGACUGAGUGGCGAUGGUGAGGGAGGGAGAUCCGCCCAUAAAGUGAAGAAGGAAAGUCGGGAGAGAGAGCAAGAGAGAGUGAGGGAGAGGAGGGAGCGGGCACAUCGGGGGAGUUUGCAGGGACUCCUCUCAUAACUGCUUCUUCAUCAGUUGUAACAGUCCGCCGCCACUGCAGUAAGAACAGAUCAGGACAGAACAGGACGGGAGAAACAGAGGGGCCUCAAGGAAAAGAAAAAUGGAAAAGGAAAGGAUGUGGAGGAGGAGGAGGGGAUCAUGGGUGCUGCUGCUGCUGCAGCGAGGGGUAUUUGCAGGAGGAGGAGGAGGUGGAGGAGGAUUGGAUGAUCAAGCGAGGAGGAGGGUGGAGGGGAGCAGUGGCAUUGGCAAGCUCCUGCUGCUGUUGUGGUCAUUUCAUCUCGUGGCGUCCAGCUUCCCUCUACAGCUUCUCGCAUCUGGGUCCACCACAGACGCAGCGCAUGCUCGCAAUCUCGCCACCCCGCUCGCGUCGCCACCCCAGCGCAGACGAGUGGGUAGGUUUGCUCUUGAAGCGAGGCGGGCGUCGACGAGCGCGCGGCGGCUGUCGGCGCCCUAUGUGUGUCGAUGGAAUCAGGAGAUUUGCAAGCAGGAGGCGAUCGCCGUGCUGCUAGGACCGGACUGCUGCGGGUCCGUGUGCACCGACCUGAAAAACGACAUCUUCAACUGCGGCUCCUGCGGGCACAUCUGCUUCUACGGGAGUGUGUGCUGCAACGGCGAUUGCGUGGAUGUGUUCAGCAAUCAUCGGCACUGCGGGGUGUGUCACAACACCUGCCCUUUCGGCGCCUUGUGCCAGUUCGGUUUGUGUGAGUACACAUGACGGCUCCACUACCACCAGAAAUGCACUGCAAUCCCGCGCAAUUGCUCACCCGCGGCACUGAUUCUGAUUCCGCUUGUGUUCACUGUCUGAAGCGCAACGGUGCGUCAUUCUGGUUGCCGCUGCCGCCGCCGCCGCUGCUGUUGCUCCCUAUCUUUUGUUUUGUUUUGGUUUUAAUUUUUAAUUUUCUUUUUAGUGUUGCUAUUUUUAGUGUUUCUUCUUUGGCCAUUGCAGAAAUGGGUCUCAUGCGAUCAAUUGGGUUGCAUCGCCUCCCAAUUGUGGAUGUGACCAUCAUUCAUGACUGGAAAGGGAGAGUGAGAGAGCGAUGAAGCGACACGACUAGUUGGGAAUGGAGCCUUUGUACAACCAUUCAUUCCCCUUGUUCAUACAUUCCAUUGUGAGGGUGUGUGUACAUGUGUGUAUGUAAAUAAAUAAAUAAAUGUGUAUAUAUACACACAAGAAGGUCAUGGAUUCUUACA